GACCCCUUCCAAUUUCGCGAUGGUAUUGUGUCGGAAGAACAGCUCACCAAUGUCCGUCGGAGAAAAGGAGGCAAACAUGUUGCUAAUUACCAACGCAGGCAGAAUGAUCUCAUUGCGUCCUUGCUAAAACCCAUGGAUGAGCAUACACAAGAUGCCAUAGUGGAAGAAGAAGCAGCGCGCAUACCCAUCAAUAUUGCAGUGUAUGCUAGCCUUAUCGCCAACGCCGCGUUAUGCGUUUUGCAGAUGUACGCCGCCAUCUCUUCAUUGUCACUCUCACUGCUCGCCACGGGGAUUGACUCUGUGUUCGACAUUGGAAGUAAUGUUCUCCUGUGGUGGUUACACAGAAAAGCUGAGAAGUUGGAUCCUAACGACUGGCCUGUGGGUGGUGCCCGUCUUGAAACCAUUGGCAACAUUGUCUAUGGUGUAAUGGGGUCUGUUAAUUUAGUCGUUAUCGUGGAGUCCAUACAUAAACUCGUCACGAAAAGUGACGAUUCAUUAGAAGGUUUUCAUCUCCCAUCCAUCAUCGCCGUUUCAGCCGCGCUAGCGGUUAAGUUUAUUCUAUUCGCCUACUGCUAUUCUCUGCGGAGUAAAUCGAGUCAAGUGCAGGUCCUGUGGGAGGAUCACAGGAAUGACCUCUGGAUAAAUGGAUUCGGUAUACUGAUGUCCUGCGGUGGCAGCAAGCUUCGUUGGUGGUUGGAUCCCAUGGGCGCUAUAAUCAUAGCUCUGGGGGUGAUUAUCUCGUGGGGUAGAACCGUCUACACCCAAUUCGAGUUACUGGCUGGGAAGUCCGCCGCGCAUGACUUCCUGCAACUCAUCAUCUUCAACACCGUGACAUUUAGCGAGGACAUCGAGAAAGUCGAUACUGUCAGGGCGUAUCAUAGUGGGCCGGAUUAUUUUGUCGAGAUUGACAUAGUCAUGGAUGCCAAUACGCCGCUUUGGAAAGCACACGAUAUAAGCCAGCAAUUACAGGACAAGAUUGAAGUUCUUCCGAACGUCGAGAGAGCCUUUGUCCACGUCGACCACGAAUUUACCCACGUCCCGGAACAUCGGAAAACUCCAAAGCCAUAG